GAAUGUCCGCCAUUUUGACAUUUGUUUAGCUUUGUGUUCUGCAACAAAAUCCAUCAUGUAAUAUCGAAUUAAAUGCUAACUCAGCUAAAAAAUCAGUGAUUUCAUUAGUACAGUGAUGAUAAUUACAAUAAACUUAACACUAAUCCAGAAGAUAUAUUUCUGCUGAGUGGCGCAUAAAUCAAUAAUGAACCAGUGCCGCUUUUUCUAUUUUCGCGUUUGUUAAAGUUAUUUUCGUUUUCCAUCGAUAAAAUGUGUUUUAUUUUGUAGCAAUAAUAUUUAAAUCAUUUAUUUAUUUGAAUGAAUAUACAAAAUAGCGUGAAACUGAAGAAAACAUUUUUGUGAAAAAAAGGCGCGAAGAUUUUUGCCGCGCCGAUUUCUAGGAGCGUACGAAAUAAACUAUUUAUUUCUUUAAGAAAACAUUUUAUCUUCUGUGAAAUUCUCUGUGCAUCCAAACUUGAACGAUGAUAUUUUUACUUUCAAUAAUACCUUGUUUACAAUAUUCGAGGCACAUAUUUUGGUAAAAGCUGAGAGUUCAUGUUAAGUAACCUAUUUAUCUUGCGAUGCGGCUAAGAAGUCGAAAAAGGGAGCGACCGCUCCCAAUAAUUAAGAAAGCCAAAACUGCUAAAACUCGAAAAUUUAAAGACAAGUCAACUUGGAGGAACAUUUUAAGACGUACGGCAGCGAGAAAUGAGUCGGUCCAACUUAGUGCAUCAUUGCUUACUAUCGGAGCUAAUAGGAAUUUAAAAACAAAGCCAGUGAGGAUCAAAACAAUAAUGGAAAGAUCAGGGCAAGUGUUAAGUAAGAAGCAAAAGCUGAAAGACGAUCCAAAGAAGCCGAUCUUCCAGACAGUUGUACGAAACUCUAUGAAGGAUGUAUCAAGUUUGUCAAAAACAAAAGCAAUCUCAGAGAAGGUGCCAACAUCUAAAAUAAAAGGAAACGAUGUUCGUUCAACGAAAGGUGUUCAACUGCGUCAUAGUUCAUUAAAUCGUGAGCUGAUUCGUUCUGAUGUGACCGCUAACAUCUCACCUCGGAAAACAAGACGUAUAGAUAAGACGGACAAAUCAGCAUCGUUGAACAGCUCACCGAUACGCAAAGUACGUCAAUUAGGAAUACCAUCGCAGAAAGUUAAAACAUUGAAUGCGAAAGAGAGUCCUAAAAAGAAAUGCAAAGCUAAGGAGUCGUUUCCCGAAAAUAAUUGGAAUAGUAUGGAUGAUGUAACUAUGUAUGAACCACAUACAACAACAAAUGAUAUAGUUAAAGAAGAUUCUGACUCGGAAACACAAGUAGAGUCAUCAGAAUUAUGUCUGCCAAAUGAUUGUUUAAAUGACUUCAUGGCUAUCGCGGAAUGUGCGAGGUUGAUUAAUGAACGAUUACCAGCUGAUGAUGAGGAUAUAAACUUCUUAGCUGAUAAAGCAGCCAGGGUGAUGACUACGGAGAAGGAUGAUGAAAAGAAGUUACCAAGGAAGAACUCUGUGGAUAAAAGGCUGAUGAAACGCAGGAAGUCUAGUAAUGAUUUAGAGAUGUAUCAGCCGACUUCGACCACUGAUGAUUUAGAUGUAUGCACCAGUUUCCUGACUAAUGGAGAAAAGUAUGUACAGCCGGACUUUGUAUCCAUGCUGGAGGAGGGCUAUGUGCGAGACCCGGAGUGUGAGAUCUCCUCCACUUGUGGGGAUGCGCCCGGCACCGCUAUAGAGAGCCUGGAGGCGCUCUCCGCAAGGAGCCCUAGCACCGGCUUCCUAGCUGAGAUAAGCCAAAGUCUUGUUGCGGAGGCUGAGGGAUGGAAUGGCACAGAAAUUGUUCCCGAUGAUUCUAAUAUGGUCUGCCAUGAUGAACAAUCAGCUAAUGUGGAGGGGACGGUUAUGCCUUUAUUCCGCGAGCAUUGUCUGCUGGUGAACGGCAACUACGUGAAGGAUCUCAGCAUCCUCGGCAGGGAUCUGCGUAAGACCGUCAUCGUGGAUAACAGCCCUCAGGCUUUCGGCUACCAGCUGGAGAACGGCAUCCCCAUCGACAGCUGGUUCGUGGACCGCAGCGACAACGAGCUGCUCAAGCUGCUGCCCUUCCUCGAGCACCUCGCCACUAAAGACGACGUGAGGCCGUACAUCAGGGACAAGUACAAGCUGUUCAGCUACCUGCCGCCAGACUAGACCUAGCCUCCCACAGUGCACCUUCAUUUACCUAAUCUUAGGUAUAUAAGUGGAAUUUUUAAUGUUUUUCUAGUACUUAUCCCAAAUAAAAACUUAAAUUUUGCAAAUAUAGGGCCUUAUUAUAAAAA